GGGUAAUAAUCUGUCAAGCGACAUGUCGUUCUCAAGUCCAGUUUGGUUUGCAGUGAUUUGCAUUAGCGUUGUGUGUGCAGAUAAAAGGCCUUACGAUAAAGAAGCCAUCUUUGAAUGUAUUGAAAAGUUUGACAUUCCAAUGACAGAAAAGGGUGCGUUUGAAAAUAACGACGUGUCUUCGGUUGAUCCCUGUUUCUGGGCUUGCAGUUUCAAGACAAUAGGUUUUCUCAAUAGUGAAGGUCAAUAUGAUCCGGAGGUAACACAUACUCGUUAUAAAAAGGAAGAUUUAGCUUUUCUGGGUGAAGCAAAAUUUAACAAAUUUGAAGAAAUCGUAGUAAAGUGUGAUGCAGCUUUGGAGAAAAUAACAGGGACCGACUCGAAAGCAGAAUGCGACAGAGGGCUCCAGCUUGCAAAAUGCUACAUAGAAGAUAUGAGAAACUUAAUUCUAGAAGAUUCUAGAAAAUAAAUUCAAUUCUUUGACUUUAGAAAAUGAUCGUCAAUAUGGAAAUAUUACAAAACACCCGUACCGAAUUGUUAAUUAUUAUUAAAGUGUUAUAUGCAUA